AUGAUUCAUGACGCUUCUGGGAGAAAUACAAUCCAAGUACACACAGGUGCGUUCAAGUAUAUAGGGUUCUUCGAACCACCUAUUUCUCACACAUCUGCGUAUCAAACUCAUACGUAUCUCCCGAACCUCCACUCGUCCGUUACCUACAGAACCGGCGGUGACGACGACAGGGCAGAGGACGGUGGCUCGUUAUCCGAUGGAGGGCCCAUACGCAGUCACAGCCAAAAGAAAAAGAAGAAGCGCACGAUGAAGAAGCGCGUGGUAUUGGCCAAGCCACAAGGGGUGAGAAGUGGUAGGAACACCCCCAACGACACACACUCACCCACCCCCAAACCCAACCCCAAACCCAACCCCACAGCCAUAGCCACAGCCACAGCCCAGGGCGUGACACCUGCGACUACGAGUGCACCUACACACCCCACAACGGGACAGGCAGAGGCCCACACGAAUGGACGGGCAGGGGCAGACACUGAGAGCAGUAGGCACCUCAGUUGCAGAUUUUCGGGUGAGGCCAGGCCAACCCCAACCACAGCCACAGCCACAGUUAAGGGCAAAACACCCAAGCCAUCAGGAUCAAUAAACAGGCGGAGUGGGCCAUGGGAGAGCCACAGGGGCACGGAUGGGGAUGCGAGUGUGAGCGGCAGUGCACGCAGCAGUGUGAGGAGUGAAGGGAGGUAUGAGGCCGAGGAGGUGAGCAUGGCUAGUCCUGUAAACCCUAAAAAUCACAACCACAGCCACAACCCUAGACCCAGCCAUGUGCGUGAUACCAGCAACACGCCCAGUGAAGCAGACUCGCCUGUGCCCGUCAGACCGCUCAAGCGAAACAGCAGCGCCUCGUUGAAGACGCCCGAGUCUGCGAACGUGGGACAGUCACUAUACCAGCUCCAUGAUACCGAGCAACAACACCAACAACCACAACUAUAUCACCAACUACAACACCACGUCUCGCAUCAUCCUAGGCCAAAUCCCGCCCCACCUACCGUACAUUACACACCACACCCCCACACGCCGCAACGGGCACAGCGACAGCUAUCUCUGACCAGACAGCCACAGCAGCCACACAGGCUAUCCAUCGACUCCAUCGAAACCGCAGGCGUUAUGCGCAGGGGCAGCCGAGACGACUCAGAAGUCAUAGAGACGCGCACACAGAACAGGCGAGUGUCAUUGAAGGAUAGGAAUGCUCGCACACAGUCCAUGAUGGUGCCAGAGCACCCCGUGGAGUCUGCCAGCACCGGCCACUUGCUGGAUGGUAGAUCACGAGCACAGUCAUCGUCCGGAAAAGAGAGGAACAAUGCUCCGCUUACGCGUACGGCUCUGCAGAAUGCCACGGCACAACGCAACGGCAGAGACUCUGGCACCAACAGCAAACGCACUAGCCUCAUCAGCAACCCCUCGUCAGGUGGUCACUCCAUCCGCCUCGCAACGUCGCCCACGCCCAGUCGGACGAGCUCAGGUGCCAGUACAAACACGAGCCCUACACUGUCACGAGCGAGUCCCAGUCCUUCUGUGGCCAAAGUGCGGGUGCGCAUUAAGGCCCGACAACCCAGCACCAACCACUCCAUUCCAAGCACACCACAGCCACAGUCACAGCCACAGCCACAGGUAAAUGAGAGGAAAAUGACACCGCUGCAAGCGAAGUACCACAAGCAGCAGCAGCGAGAACGACUUGAACAGACCUACGGCUUCACAGACAAACAGUUCGCGCCAGACGAUAGGUGA